UAUUUAUUAAGGUGAUGACAGCACAUGGACUGAGACUUUCUGGAUCUGGGGAAGGAGGUGAAAAAGGCCAGAAAGGAGAGAAAGGAGACCAGGGUGAAAAAGGUUCUGAAGGCUCAAAAGGUCUCCAGGGCAAUACUGGAUUGCCUGGAUUGACAGGGGCACCAGGACUUGAGGGAAAGCAGGGUCCGUCUGGUCCCAUUGGCCUCCGUGGUCUUCCAGGAGAUCCGGGCUCUCCCGGUCAAACAGGACUGCCUGGAAAAGAUGGAAUGAAAGGAGAAAAGGGUGAUUCAGGCGGAGCACCGGGACCCAUAGGCCCCCCGGGCCUCAAGGGUGAACCUGGUGAGCCCUGCUCUGUCGGACCUUGCAAUGGGGAGGAGGUCGUGUCUGGUCUUCGGGGGUUGCGGGGCCCUAAGGGUGAGCGAGGUGUACCGGGAGUCCCUGGAGAUGCUGGAGAGAAAGGAGAACCUGGUAUUGGAAUCACUGGACCCCCUGGUCUGAUGGGAUCUAAAGGAGAACCAGGAAUUCAGGGUCCUCGUGGACCUCCAGGACCACUUGGAGCACCAGGGAUUAUGGGACCUCCAGGCCCACAAGGCAGACCAGGACCCCCUGGACCCCCUGGAGAACCGACAGCACUGCCUAUUGUUGGAGACAUGGGGAUGUUACUAAAGAAUGCCUGCAGUGUGUGUCAGACCAGAGUACCAGGAUUGCCAGGGCAGAAAGGAGAAAAAGGUUCCCUUGGAGCUCCAGGUAUCCCAGGAAUGGAUGGAGAAAAGGGGGAUCAGGGACUUCGAGGCCCAGCUGGUAAUCCCGGAAAAGAGGGUCCGAAGGGAGUGAAGGGUGAGAGAGGCUUUCCUGGUCCAUUGGGGGAUAAGGGUGAUGAGGGGUCCCCAGGUGUGCCUGGAUUGCCUGGAUCCACAGGCCGUAUGGGUCCACAGGGACUGAUUGGCAGACCAGGACCUGUUGGACCCCCAGGACCAAAGGGAGAACGGGGCAGCGAUGGAGUGCAAGGCAGACCCGGCCCUCCUGGACCUCCUGGUGUCCCAUAUGCAGAGGGAAAUGGAAUGAGCAGUCUCUAUAAGCUUCAGAAUGGAGCGGCUAAUACAGGUCAGCCCACAGGUCAGCCCGGACCACCAGGGCCCCCGGGGCCCAAAGGAGAUGAAGGAAGGAUGGGUGAGCCGGGGCUGAUGGGAUUACCAGGUCUAGAGGGGCUGCCAGGUGCUAAGGGUGAUCCUGGCCUAUCUGGUCCACCUGGUGUUCCUGGUCCUACUGGAAAGCCUGGUCCACGUGGUGAGCCAGGGAUCCCUGGAGAGCCGGGAGAACGAGGGCCUGUGGGAGAGACUGGCUUCCCUGGACCUGAAGGGCCUCCUGGAUCCCCUGGAAGGCCGGGAAAAGAUGGAAUUCCAGGCUAUACGGGAGCCACAGGCAGACCUGGAGACAGAGGUACUAAAGGAGAACGGGGAGAUACAGGGAUUCCAGGAGAGAGAGGAGUACAGGGAGAAAGAGGCAAACCUGGAGAAAGAGGGGGCAUUGGUCCUCAGGGACAGCCUGGACAGAAAGGAGAACCAGGCACACCUGGAUCUUUAACAACACCAGGGACUGUCAGUCUGUUGGGUGAUACAGCUGCCUUGGAGGAAAUUAAAACAUUCAUCCGAAAUGAAGUAUUGCGUGUAUUUAAAGACAGUUAUGCUUUGCUACAGAAGACACCAGCAGCUAUAUUAGCCGCACCGGAUCGACAAGGCCCUCCAGGGCCACCUGGUAAUGAUGGCUCCCCAGGACCCCCGGGAGAGCCAGGACCUCCAGGUCCCCAAGGGUAUCGAGGGCAGAAAGGAGAACGAGGUCAAAUGGGGUUAGGACUUCCAGGAGCUCCAGGCCCCACUGGCCCACCAGGCUCACCCGGAAGAGGACUCCAGGGUCCCAAAGGUGAUCCAGGGCCAGAGGGAAGAUGUAACCCCAGCGACUGCUUCCAUCCAUACGCCAGGCGGGACGGGUAGGAUCUGACGCAUCCUCAUCAAAACCCGAUUCGAUCCUGGAAACCUGUGAACCAGCUCAUCUACACAAGCAUUAAAUCCUAUUGAAACAAACAUAGGAUCACUGCUGGAGGAGAAGAAACACGCAAACGUCAUCCACACAGAGCAGCCAUUACUGGUGAUGUCAUUUCAUCAUUUAUCUCCGUUUCAUUUCCCAUAUUUGUGACCAAUGCACUCAUUUCCCAUGUUUUGUGGGUAUGACGUGAGAAUUCAAAUCUCAUCAUUACACUAAUCACACCGGACAAGUUGAUGGCGAAUGCAGGUGGAAUGAGAAUUUACAUUUGCUUAUUUUCUUCAGUUUGUUGUGAAGUUGAGUUUUGAUUCAUUUGUGAUGGCUCUAUGCAAUCUAAAAUAGAGUAUGAUAACAAAUAUUAAGCUACUGUAAAUAACAGACAUUGCAAUUGUUUUUUAAACAUGUCAUUUUGAAAAAUAUUUCAAUAAGUGUACUUUCCAGCCCUGUGUGAGGAACAUUGCUUGAGAAGGAAGUUAUCAUCAUGAUUAUCACCUCAGAUGCAUAUUGAAACGUGAGACCACUAGUAAAAUUAGAAACCAUAAAAAUGUUCAAUGUAAUAUUUCACAGUAAAUUAUCAAAUAAUAAUGAUAA